UGUAAUUCCUGAGUGCAAAGCCAGGAGUAACCCCUGAGCAUCGCUGGGUGUGACCCAAAAAGGAAAAAAAAAAAAAGCAAGAGGAAAAGCAAACAGUUUGAAAGAUAGUGAAUUAACUUCUGGACUUGAGUUUGAUCUUUUUUUUUGAGAUAAGCCAAUAGUGCCUGCAGUGUUCUCUCAAACCUGAAACUGGCCCUUGCUCAAAAGCCUGUUCCCUGCUUGGGAUGUCCCUGGAGGACAUCCAACCCCUGACCCAGGCAAGGCUUUGCAAACCCCUCUGGCCUCACAUCCUCCACUCCCCUCAAUGACCUUCUCUUUAUUUUUCCUGGGCUUAUGUCUGUCCUCACACUGUUCCUGCUCUGUUGUUCAGGAUCUUCCCGCCGGCAGAUGUGCGCAUCCUCAAUCCUCACCAGCGUGAUCCUGCUGGCUUCAAGACCACUCACGCUGGGCUUGCCCCCAGAGGACAGGGCCAGGGCGGGGGCGGCUCUCGCUCCCGAACACUGACAGGAGGCCUGGCUGAUGUAAACCCGGAGGAGGCAGCAGGUGCUGGACCUUGCAGAGUCCGGGGACAGCGGCGACAGCCGCGUUCUACUGGGAAAGACACGGAGGCUUGGGACAGAGAGCACAGCCAAAAACAGAGCCGGAUGCGACCCUUCUGGGAUCCCUCUCUCUAGGUACACCCCUCAUCUGGCGUGGUCCCGCCGGAGUCCCGGGACUCAGCGCCCCCUCCAGUCCACAGUGACACUGGAGCGAGCGUUUGAUUGGGACACCGGCCCCCGGGGGGGCGUGGCCAAGACGGCCAUCUUUGUUAAGGGCAGAGACUCCGACGACGGAGCGCGAGAGGGCCCAUUAAAUCCCGGCGGUUCCCUCGUCUGAGCCGACGGCUCUGGGGAUGAGGCGGAGUCCGGGCCGCGGCGGGCGUUGGGCUGAGCCCGCGAGUCGGAGUGGUCGGGUCUGUCCCCGGCCCGAUGGCCCAGGCAUCCCGCGCAGGGGGGCUGCCUCCGCUCGCCCCCACGCUGCGGGGCGCCGGGGAGGAGCCCGGGAGGAGGGGGCCGGCGGGCGCGGAGGCCUGGAGCGGGCGGAGGCUGCCGGUGGCGGGGAGCGUCCCGCGCGCUGAGCCCGGGCCGGCCAGGUGGGCGGCGGCGGCGGUGGCCGGUGCCGGCGCGCGGGAGCCGAGCGCGGGCACCCCGAUGCCCCCGGCGCUGCGGCGGCUCCGAGCCGUGUUGCUGCGGCUGCAGCGCGAGCGGGAGCAACUCCUGUACGCCCGGGACUGCGCCCGCCAGCUCCAGGCUGCCGUGCGCCUCGUCCUGCAGAGCCCGAGCCCCGGCGCGCCGCCGUCCGCGCCCGCCCGCGACCCGCUGGCCCUGCCCCCCCGGGGGCCCGGCCCGGCGCCGCUGCUGCUGGCGCGACCCGUCGGACUCGCGGCGCGGCACCUGGAGGCCGCCCUGGAGACCCAGCUCCGCGCGCUGGGCCGGGAGCCCGCCGGGCCCCGCCUGUCGUCCCGACUCGCCGACGCGCUGGGCGCCCUGCCCGCCUUCCAGCAGCUGCAGGGCCGAGCCGCGGGCCGCGUCCCCGGGGCCGCGCGCCCCUUCCCCCCAGCCCGCGUACUGCGCCUCCUGACGGCCGAGCGGGGCUGCCAGCUGGCCAUCCGGCUGGACCGGGCGCUCUGGACGUCGGGUCUGCGGGACCAGCUCCGGAAAGCGUGCCAGGAGGAGCGGGAGCUGCUGCCGGGGGUGCUGGGCCUGCUGGGGGGCGUGGCGGGCUCGGCCCCUCGCGGCCCGGGGCUGGGCGGUGCGGGCGCCCUCUGGAGCCAGUACUGGGCCCUGCUGUGGGCCGCCUGUGCUCAGAGCCUGUCCAUAAACCUGGGACCCUGGAGGGACCCCAGGGCAGCGACACAGCAGCUGGAUCCGGAGCCGGGGCAGGGUGAGUGGCGGGGGGCGUUGGGGGCUUUGCAGAGGCCGUGCUGUCUUCCGUCUCGCUCCCCCGAAAACCUGCCCUCCAAAGCGGCCCCCUUCGGUGCAGCCCACCCGAGCCCUCACCUCCAGCAUCCGCGCCUUCAGACCAAGUCCCGCUUGCUCGGGCCUGGGGGCGGGGGCGGGAGCGGGCAAUGGUUGUGGAAUGGAGACGCCGUUGUUUUCAGGCUUGAGCCCUGUCUCCCACUAGCACCCCUGCCCGCCGAGUGCGAGAAGGAGCUGGUCUCUCUGGGCCGCAGCCUGUGGCGACAGUCUCUGAUCUGGAACUGGGACCAAGGCUUCUGCCGUGCGCUCGGCUGCUCCCGAGAUGACAGAGCGCUUCCCUCGUCGUCCCACACCUCUGGGCUCUGGCAGCAGCUCUUCCCCCCUCUCUUGGAUGCCCUCCGAGAAGACACGACAGGGCUGCACCUCAGUGCGCCUCCAGCUCCUGCACCCCUCGCCCUGGGGCUGUGCACCCUGCAGGCCACAUUGCUUUGGUUUGGGGGCCGAGCUCAGCAGCAUCUGGCAGCCUGGGCCCCCACUUCCUUCCUACUUCUGACCCAGAAGGACUUGCCACCUCUUUUGCAGGAGGCAGAAGGCCUGCACCGCCUGGUCUCCGAGGAGAGCUGGGCACCGGAGCUGGGGUGGCAGCUGGGGCAGCUGGCUGCGCAGGUCCAGAGACUGGCCACACACAUCCAGCUCCUGCCUGAAGAGUAUCUCAGUCUGUUUUUUCAAGAGUGUCAGAGGCAAGCUGCACAAGGCUUUGAAAUGUACAUGCCUCGGGGUCGGUACUGGAGGCAUCGGCUCCUGCCAGAACUGCCCAGCAUCCCUAGCGAGUACGCGGGGCUGGUGGUGCGCACUGUCCUGGAGCCUGUAUUGCAAGGACUGCAGGAAUUGCCAACGCAAGCCCAGGCCUCCGCCCUGGGCCAGGCGCUGACUGCCAUCUUGGGUGCCUGGCUCGAUCAUAUCCUCACCCAUGAGAUCCGGUUCAGCCUGCAGGGGGCACUGCAGCUCAGACGGGACUUCGGAGUGGUUCGGGAGUUGCUGGAGGAGGAGCGCUGGGGCGUGUCUCCUGAACUUCGCCAGACGUUGCUCAUGCUGGGCAUCUUCCAGCGGCUGGAUGGGGCCCUGCUGUGCCUGCUGCAGCAGCCACUGCCCAAGGCUCGUGUGCGCAGGAGGCCGUCCUGCUGCUGUGCGUGCAAUGAAGUCCAGACCAUGGAACUGCCCAGCAGCAACCUCAACAGCUUGGAGAACUUGGAGCCCCCUCCACGGCCUGGAGUGACCUCGACCCAGACAGCUCAGCUGCUAGGCACACUGCGGUGUGGGGGACAGAGCCCCGAGGUUUACCUAGUGGGGAACCAGGAGGCUUGGCUGGCCCUGAGACAGAACCAGCGCCCACGAUGGCAUUUGCCUUUUCUUUUCUGCCUGGGGCUCAGUCCUGAAACGUAAGGAGCCAGAUCAGGAAUGCCAGCAUACGAGCUCCCAUCUCUGGCUGAGAAAGCGCAGGCAUUUGGAAGAGGGUAUUUUAAAGGUCUCCGUUUAGGACCUGGGAAGAAAGCAUAUCUGAGCAUCACAAGCUACACAGAGCUCAGAUUUAAAACUAAGCAUCCAAGAUCACUCCAGAGUGUGGAAUCCAGAGUAAAGGGAAACCUCCAGCCUGGUCAGCAUCCCUGGGACACUCAUGCCUAGUUCCUCGUCCGUGAAGAAAUCUCGGGGCUAGAGGCUGGGAGGACGAGAUUCUGUAAGGGGCACGGCAGGGUUGGAGCCUUUGGAGGAGAACAAAAGCAAUAGAAUGCAGAGCGCCUAGAUGCCGCUUCCCCGUAAGUCCCAAGAGCCAGGUAGCAUACAUUCCCCAGGGAACCACAGAGGUGAGAUAGGCAUUUCUGCAUACAGAUCGUUCCCAUGGUCCCUCACCUGCACUCCCUCCGGCACUGUUUCACGUCACUUAAGAAUAUUGUGCUGUAGGACCUGCUUCAGGUUUA